AUGGAGGCCGCUUCUGCGCGCCGGGAAGAGGAGCUUCAGCUCACGCACCCCCCGAAGGUCGAAUCCGCUGGAUUCGGUGAAGGGGCUGCGGAAGUCCACUGGGGCCCCCGCGGGCCUCAGGAACCACCACCGCCCCGGGAGAGCGGGUGCGCCCCGCGGGGCCCACUGGCUCCCGCCGACACCCCUCCUCCGAGUGGGAGCUGGAGCCCGGGGAGACCCCACGCGGUGGGGGCCGGGCUUCAGAACCUGGGCAACACCUGCUACGCGAACGCGGCCCUGCAGUGCCUCAGCUACACCCCGCCCCUGGCCCGCUACCUGCUGUCCGGGCGGCACUCGGGGGCCUGCGGGCGGCGGGCGUCCUGCGCCCUGUGCGCCCUGCAGGCUCACGUGACCCGGGCCCUCCUGUGCCCCGGGGACGUCAUCGUGCCCGAGGGGGAGCUGCUCGCGGGCUUCCACGCGUACCGGCAGGAGGACGCCCACGAGUUCCUCCUGUUCACGCUGGACGCCCUGCAGCGGGCCUGUGUGCCUGAGGAGCGGCCGCCGUCGCCGCCGGGCCGGCCCUCCCAGGAGGAGGCCACCCUGAUCCGUCGGGUCUUUGGAGGCCACUGGAGAUCUCGGAUCCAGUGUCUCCGCUGCCAGGGCGUGUCCGACACCCUGGACCCUUACCUGGACAUCGGCCUGGACAUCCAGGCGGCGCAGAGCGUGACCCAGGCCCUGGAGCUGCUGGUGAGGCCCGAGCGGCUGGGCGGGGCCGACGGCUACCAGUGCGGCAAGUGCCGCCGGAAGGUGCCGGCCACCAAGACGCUGCGCCUGCACGCGGCCUCCAGGGUGCUCACGCUCGUGCUGAAGCGGUUCUCGGCGCUCGCGGACAGCAAGGUGGAGCGGGACGUGCGCUACCCGGAGCACCUGGACCUGCGGCCCUACCUGUCGCAGGGGCGCCGCGCGGGCCCGCUGCUGUACCGGCUCUACGCCGUGCUGGUCCACUCGGGCCGCACCUGCCACAGCGGCCACUACUUCUGCUACGUCCGAACCGCGGGCGGCCGCUGGUUCAAGAUGGACGACGCCCAGGUGACCGCCUGCGACGCCUCUGUGGCCCUGAGCCAACGCGCCUAUGUGCUCUUUUACGUCCAGACCAGUGAACUGGAAGGAGACGGUGGGAAACCCACAUGCCCCGGGACUGAGCACAAGGUCGCGGCGUCGACCCAACGGGGCCCCGAGAGUGCCCCCAACUUCACGGGUCCCGGGUCCAAGGAGCCCGCGCGAGAGGCGCCGGUCAAGCACACCAGCUUAGAGCAGCGGCGACGGCCCCAGGAGCCAUCCCGGCCCAAGCCUCAGUCCAACCUCAGGGAGGUCGCGUGUGCGGUGCCCGCCGAAGCCGACCUCAUUCACCAGUCCCGGGACCGAGGGGGCACGGCCGACCGCCUGCUCAACCUUCCAGCCGGGGACGUCCUCCCCGGGGGGGCCAAGGGCACUGGCCAAGGCCUUGGUCCCAGAGGGGGAGCCAAGGCGAACAGGAAGAAGAAGAAGAAGAAGAAGAAGAAGCAGGGGCCCAGGUCCGUGCCCGCGUGCCAGUGA